AUGAUACAGAAGGGUUGCCGGUUUGAUCCUGGCCUGGAGAGCUCAUGUGGAGGUGUCACUGAGCAAGACACCGAACUCGUCUCCUCGCACCGACACUUCGUCCUGGACGGAUUCUUCGAGCUCGGAGCGCUGAGGCCGGUUCUCUUCGUUCCGUUCUCGAUCAUGUUCACCAUAUCGCUGUUGGCAAACUCCUUGCUGCUGUACGUCGUGGCCUCCCAUAGAAGCCUCCACUCGCCGAUGUGCAUCCUGAUCGCCGGUAUGGCCUGCGUCGACCUGAGCCUCCCGCUGUUCUUCAUCCCCAACAUGCUGCUGAGCUUCCUGUUUGACUGGAGGAGCAUCUCUCUGAUUGGCUGCCUGCUUCAGAUGCACCUCAUUCACUUCGUGGGAGCGUUUCAGUCCACGCUGCUGGUGUGGAUGGCACUCGACCGCUACUUUGCCAUCUGCACGCCGCUCGGCUACCACGACUGCAUGACGCUGCCGAGGUUCCUCGAGUUCAUAAUCCCAUGUUUGAUCAGGAACUUCACGUUGAACACGCUGAUGGUGGGUAUGGCGGGUGGGCUGGUGUUCUGUGGAGGGAACGUCAUGAACCACUGUUUCUGUGAACACAUGGCUUUGGUCAAGCUCGCAUGUGGAAACAUCACCGUCAACAGCCUGUUGGGACUGCUCACCCUCUUCCUCGUCGCCAACUUCAUCUUCAUCACCAUCUCCUACAUUGUCAUUUUCGUCUCUGUGUUGCAUUCAGGAAAAUCGGGCACCAAAGCUCUUCGCACCUGUGUCACUCACAUCGUGGUGAUGGUAGUCAGCCUGAUGGUGGCGCUCAUCGCCUACCUGUCCUACCGGAUCAGAAACAGCCUCCCAGCGGCCAUCCAGGUUUUCUUCAGCACCAUGUACCUGCUGUUCCCGAGCUGCUUCAGCCCAAUAAUCUACGGCAUCCCAACCACCGAGAUUCGACAGCACAUUCUCAACAUGCUGACCUGCUGUCGACGUUUCCACGCUCUCACUUAUUCCUAAGAACAUUUUAAAAAACUGUCCAGUUUGUUACGAACACAAACCAGAAGCAACACGAUGGAGGAACAAUAAAUACAAACUAUGAAUCAGCACCAAAGGGAGCAGGGUUUCAAAGGUUUAAUGAUAAAACAUCUAAACAUAACAAUAAAAGCAGGUUCAUUUGUUAAACUGUAACAAUAGUCAUGAUAAAUGAAGUUUACUGGUGUUUUGUUGUGCUCUCUGAU